AUGUUAAAAUUAAAGAUCUUUGUUCUAUUUGCACUAGCUAUAUAAACCCUUUCAGCCACUGUUUAAGUUGACAAAAAUAAAACUAUCUCUAUCAUAGCAGGGUUUCUUGAGGGAAUCGUUGAAUAAGACCAUUUGAGCGAUCUCUAAGAAUGCCUUCAGGACAGCGAGGAGUUGACAGAACAACUAGAAGAGAUAUAGAACGACUUAGAGUCAAGAAAUAUUAAUGCAAUGUUUGAUGGCCUCAAGCUAAUUGGAAAACUAGUGUUGAGUUUACCCUCUUAACUAAAGGAUUGCGAGAAAAUCAAGGAUGACUUAGAAUAGUUUAAGAAGUGGGCGGAGGUGUUCACAAAACCUCAAGAACUUUAUGUUUAGCUAAUGAAGAAUAUUCCAGCUCACUUUACUGAGAUUUGGGACGAUAUUCAGGAUGCUAACACUCAGUACCAGAAUGGAGACUACUAUAAAUAUGGCAAAGACCUUGGUGACUCUAUGGUACUAGCUGUCGGCUAAGUUCAAACUCGUUAUAAGAUAGUUGAGAAACUAGAUUAGGGCUAUUAAAAAUUCAAGGAAUGGUUUGAUGAGUAUAUAUGGUCUUCCCAGGAAAAGAGAGAAAAAUCCCUUACUGAAGAGAUUAUCUAAGGUAUUUCGAACACUAAUCUCAUUAAAUGA